CAUCAGGAUAAACCGUUUAUGCUACAAUGUUGACUCCAGCUGAUUGAGUACCGUUAGUUUAGCUUGCUAGCGCAUGCUAACCGUAUCUCCGGGCCUGCGGGUGUCACGCCAGUUAUCCCUAAUCAAAUUCAGCCACAAAGGAUUACAUAGUUGGAUUCAGCCUGCUCACAUAGGAGAGACUGUUACUUUGGCCCUACACAAACAGCCUGUAGCGCUAAAGUUCAGCACUAAGUAUGAGUCCCUUGUUGCGGUGGAGGUGAGGAAGCAUGGGGUGGAAGUCUGAGGUGUCAAGACGAACGUGAUGACAGCAUGGUCCAUGGUGGAGAAGCUCAAAAUGGAAAAACGCCCAUGCAGGGAGGAGAACAUUGACUCAGGCGAAGCCCAGCAUGCCACUGAUGAGGACGGGAGCAGCUCAGAGAGCGAGUCGGAAGAGCAGCAGCAGCGUCAGCAGGUUCAGGUGAACAACAGCAGCUGUAAGAAGCGGGAGCCUCUGGCUGUCACGAAACCCCAUCGACAGCUUUGUCGCUCUCCAUGCCUCGACCGACCCAGUUUUUCCCAGAGCAGCACUGUGCAAGAUCUUCGCGAGGAUGAGACCAGCGCAGGAUCAGGGAUCAAGCUUGCCAGCGACAGGGAGUACCAGACCAAGAUGGAAUUUGCCUUGAAGUUGGGCUAUUCGGGGGAGCAGGUGGAGACGGUGCUCAGCAAGCUGGGGGCGGCAGCUUUAAUCAACGACGUUCUUGCUGAGCUAGUGAGGCUUGGGAAUAAGGUCGAACCUGAAAGUCAACCGUGCAGCAGCACGGCCACUAUAAUCUCUCGGCCCCCAUGUGUUAAAGAGACUGUUAGUCCGGAAGUGUCGGUGGAGGAAGAAUCUGUGGAUACCUUUGAUAACCUCAGACCUAUAGUCAUUGAUGGCUCAAAUGUGGCGAUGAGCCAUGGAAACAAAGAGGUAUUCUCCUGCCGUGGAAUCCAGCUUGCAGUUGAAUGGUUUCGGGAGAAAGGACACAAAGACAUCACUGUGUUUGUUCCAGCCUGGAGGAAAGAACAGUCAAGGCCCGAUGCCCUAAUCACAGAUCAAGAAAUAUUACGCAAGUUGGAAAAAGAGAAGAUCCUUGUUUUCACCCCGUCUCGUCGAGUUCAGGGCAGGAGGGUGGUGUGCUAUGAUGAUCGCUUCAUAGUGAAGCUGGCUUAUGAUUCUGAUGGAAUUAUUGUGUCAAACGACAACUACAGGGACUUGCAAAAUGAGAAGCCUGAGUGGAAGAAGUUCAUAGAAGAGCGUCUCCUGAUGUACUCCUUUGUCAACGACAAGUUUAUGCCACCUGAUGAUCCAUUAGGAAGACAUGGUCCCAGCUUAGAAAACUUUCUCCGCAAACGGCCUGUUGUUCCAGAGCACAAGAAGCAGCCCUGCCCAUAUGGGAAAAAAUGCACGUACGGACAUAAGUGCAAGUACUACCAUCCAGAGCGUGUCAACCAACCGCAGCGAUCCGUGGCCGAUGAAUUACGGGCUUUUGCUAAACUCUCCGCAGUGAAGACGAUGAGCGAGGGGGCUUUAGCGAAGUGCGGUUCCGGGCCAGCAGCUGCCAGGGGGGAGAGCAGCUCCGAGGCCAAGCGCGUGGCACCUAAACGUCAAUCUGACCCCAGCAUUCGUUCAGUGGCCUGUGAACCUCCAGAGGCGCUGUCCGUUAUGAGGAAGUCUGAGACGAAUUCAGUGCCUUCCCUUGUGUCUGCCCUCAGUGUGCCCACGAUGCAGCCUGCCAAGAGUCACGCAGCUGGGGCCUUGAACACACGAUCAGCCAGCAGCCCAGUGCCAGGUUCGUUGCAGUUUGCACACAGUUCUCUGGAGCACAUGUCUAGUGUACAGUACCCUCCAAUUUUAGUUACUAAUAGUCAUGGCGCCUCUGUUACAUAUAGUGAACAGUUCCCAAAGUAUGACUCGGUUAGCGACCAUGGAUAUUAUUCACUCCACAGUGAUUUUUCAAACAUGAGCAUGAGCAGCAUGCAUAAUGUCGACAGUUUCUGUAGCAUGGAGCACGAGCAUGGAGUGUAUCAGCGAAAUCCCAACCACUGCCCUGAAUCCUGCCUCAGCCAUUCAAACAGCGACUCCUUCUCCUCUUUUGGGGACUUGUACCCAAGCUCUGUAGACGGUAGCUUAGAGGAGAGUAUGAAGGGGCAGCAGCAGUCGCCGGCACAGGGUAGGAUGCAGACAUUCUCCCACGGGUUUCGCCAUGAAGCGCUGUCUAGAGUUCAGAGUUAUGGACCGGAAGAGCCCAAGCAGGGCCUACGUAAGCAAUCUGGAGCUCACCUAGCACCACACAUACAGCACGUCGCAGUGGGAGCCAGAUCCAGCUGCCCCGGAGACUAUCCCUUAAGCCAGAAUGUCCUUCCACCUUUGUCCUCGCAGCCCACGCGCUCUCUUGGUAUGACUCGUAUGGACAGCAUAUCAGAUUCAAAGCUAUAUGAUAGUAACCCAAUGAGACAGAGGCGGCCCCCACUGUGCCGUGAGCAGCAUGCAAGCUGGGACCCUCUGCCCUGUGGUAAUGAGUCCUAUGGAUAUCAUUCAUAUCCUCUGAGUAACAGCCUGAUGCCGUGUUGCGAACGCGUGAUGGUGCGCAGCAUGCCCGACAAAAUGGAACAAAUCUGGAACUUGCCAUGGGAGAUGCCAUCUGCAGCCGAACACCAAGAGCGGUAUGUCAUCCCAGACCACCAGUACCAAACAUAUCGGAACCUUUGUAACAUCUUUCCUGCUUACGUAGUUCACUCGGUAAUGGAGAAGAAUCCUCAUCUGACAGACCCACAACAACUUGCUGCUGUCAUUGUUACAAAACUGAGGUCAUGCCACUGAGCGAUUAUCACAUGCAACAUUUGAAAGAGAGAAGACAACAAUUGGAGGCAGAAGUGAAUUAUUUUUUAAUCAGCAGGUGUGAAAACUGGCUGUCACAUUUUACAAAGCAAACAUGAUCAAAGUAAUGAGCAUAAAAGAAGGGUUGAUACAUUUUAAGUCGACUUGUGAGAUGUUUAACCUUUUGAAAUCUAUGUUUUUAUAUGAAGUGUAAAUCGGUUUAUACACCUUACUGAAGUUCAUAACACUUGUCAUACAACCUGAGCAGGAGUCACAGCCACUUGGCACAAUACCCAUUAUUAUCUAAUGAAGCUUUUAUCUAACAUGAUUUUAAAUUCUACAGCAUAUUUAGCCUAACAUAUGGCAACUUUAAUUGUCACUUCACAUCUCACUUGACUUUUGAACUAUAUAUGGAUAUUAACAAUCCUCCAUCUUUAAUGAUUUUAAAUAGGCUGAUAAAACAAAUAAACAAUAUAGAAGUAAAAAAAAUGAAAUGAAAUAAUGCCACUUUAACUUGUUUCUGGAAAAACAAAUAUUUUAUAUUUUUAACAAAUGUAUUUUUGCUGCACAAUAAUUUUUUCGCUCAAUGUGCACUUUUUCAGGUGUCUGUGUCAUUUGUAUUUUUUUUUCUAGUAACAUCUCGUCCUAGGAGACAUUAUUUCAUUAUCAUGCUUCGUGCACUUACCACUUUUUAAUAACAUGAUUCUGCUUCUCUAUCAAACUGAUGAGCUCAGCAUCUGUUAACAGGUGAUGGCAGUUCACUCCUGCUAAGGCAACAAUAUUCAAUCUACUGUCUAAGAUGCUCUUUUAAAUGAAACCUAAGUACACUAACUAAUUUCAUUUACCAAAACAAGGCUGUUCUAACCUGGCCAUCCAACUAGGUCUAAUUCAUUUAAUACAUUUGCCACAUACUGGAGGAAGAAAGGGUAUUAAAUGCAACAGCUACCACUGAUUAGUCUUGAUGUGAUGAUGUGCUACAGGUGGAGAAUAUUUAGAUGGUCUCAGAGGUCUCAAAGUGACUUCAGCAGCACACUUGGCUUCUGUUAACUAGAUCAAUGAAGUCUAAGUGGAUGCAUUUGCUUGCAGUCUUAGAGUUUGCUAGUUUGAUGUUGACUUCCCUAUGUAUUUAUUUUUUUUGAUAUUGGGUAUAUAAUUUGGGAUUACAUGAUUACAAUGGUUAGCUGGUUUUCUAACAAGAUUUAGAUUAGAUGUGGCUAAAUUAUUAAUUAGUCUACCUACUAAUAAUCAGCUAGUGUAUACUUCUGAUUUGAAUGGUUUUACUUCAAACAUUUUACAACACACACACACACACUAAAAAAACUAAAUGGAGAUAAAAGGAAAAAAACAAACCCAAGCAUUGAUUUUUUUUGAUAAUGUAGCUAUGUGGAUCAAAAAGCAGUUUACUUCAUGGAUCAGGAUAGGAAAUGACCAACCCCCCACUGGCAUUAUAUUAAAUUACUGAUGUGUUAGUGAUAUUACUGCUGUAACUAUACUUUAACAUUUGUACACCACAAAUUUUUUGAAGAUCUUGUUCAGGCCUGUGAAUGUGUUAUGAAAGGCAUCUAAAGUGUUUCUGGUGCAGUGGAACUAUAAAUAACCUUGUUUAGUUCUGCCUCAGCUGUAAAUAAUUCUUGUGACUUUUCUGUGCAUUUAUUUUGCAGAUAAGGAAGAGGGAGAUAGGUACAUACCUCACGGCAUGAACUAUGACAUUUAAUGGCCUUAUAUCUGAAUGACCUCACGCUUUAGUCAUUGUCUGAUUGGUUUCAAUGGACGUCACAGUCACUGAAGCCUCAUACUUUCAAAUGUAAAGCACUAUCUCAGUAUCUAAAGAGAUAUAUUUUCUCAGCCUCACUUAACAAAGCUACUAUUUUGGUAGAAUUUGACCGUGCACAAAGCAAGCCAAAAAGAGAUUUGACUUGUUUGUAUAUUUGUGCACAUAUUUCUGUACAUAUAAUCACACAAAAGCCAUUAUUUCAAAGUCAUUUAUAAGCUGCUAAAUAAUGCCAAAAAAGAAUUUAUAUAAUGUCAGUAUUCUACAUAACUUGACAUUUUGGUUCACAGGCUUGAUUGGAUUAUAGUGUAAAAAUAACAUCUGUGUUUGGAUCGUUUCCUCUGGUGUACCGUACCAUUUUGAGUUUAUUGGAAGCUGCGUCCAGGAUUUCCCUGUUUAUAUAUUUGGCUGAUUUGUUGUGCUGAUACAGACCACCUUUGUUUCAGACACACUAAUGGACUCCUUCAAGUUUGCUUUGAGAAGCAGUGUUUUAAAGAUGACUUUUACAUGUCCUUGGCUAGUCUGAUUCUAAAUGCUUUGAUGAAUAAUCAGGCCUUUUAACAUAUUGGCCACACUUGAAGUGGGUCAAAUGUCACUUCCACGAAGACUUGUCUGUCUAAAAUGGGGUUGUCCACUUUCAGCUAAUUGAAAUAUAAUCUGAUUUCUGACAUGGUUUCUAAUGUGCAUGUAAAUGUAGUGAAAGCUUUGAGAAUUUAUUUCAUAGGCUUCGGUGAAGUGGUAGAAAUGCUCUGUUAUCAGUAGAGCCAUCAGUUUAAUCAUUUGCACAGAGAACGCUGCAACAAACGGGGUAUUUACCUGAUUUGUCAGAUGAAAUGAUAAAAAUCUGGCUGUGUCACUUAGUCUUGAGAGUGAAGUAAAUAUUCCACUUAUUUUGUGCUAUCUUGUAGAGUAUGGUGUUUUAUUAAUUGUAUCAACAAAUGAAGUGAAUGCAGGAAAGCAUGUUGAAGAUAAAAUUUCUUGUGUGGUUUUGGGAGGUGGCUGAAUUGCUUGAAUACAGUAGAUAGAUGUACCGUAUGCAUAAAUGCAGCCAGUCUCCACGGCUCAUGAAAGGGUUUAGCUGUGCCUUGCAGCACAUUGCUCUCAGGAUGCUUUCUGUUUUCAAAGUUUCAGACUUUACCCGCCAAAAACCAGUGGUUACUGGCAAGACUCUUAUCUAGUAGUCAUUAAUUUAGUGAAGAUCCUACAUGUAACAUGUAGUAAGUCAGUUAUGUACAGUUGAAACAUGAAGAUGGUACUGCAAAACUUUGUACUUUUUGUGUAUAUUCUCGUUAUGCACCUUGACACUGAGAAACAUUGGACUAUUAGAGUGCUUUUACAUGAUGCAUCUUAAGUAAUUCAACAUCCAGAAUCAAAAAUGGAUUUUAAAAACCUGCUUAAAAUCUGUUGUCCGGCAGCUGAUUAGCCUUAAAUGUAACCAUUGGUGGGGAUCUAGGUUCUCCAGGUCAUUAGGUCAAACCUAUGGGUUGUCUGCAGUAAAUAUUAACUAAUAGGGCACAGUCCUAUCGGUUUGGCUAAGCACACUGAUCCUCACCAUCAGCAAGCAGAGGUUGUAACAUGUAAAGACAACUCUAAUAGCAGGUUCACACUUUGAGUGCAUUUAAAGGGAAAUGCCACUUAUUUUUGGGAUUCGGGGUUUGGUAUUGUUCUAUCACAAAUUCGCUACAUAACAAAUGUGUUUCCCCUUGGUCUUUAAUCUCAGACCAGUUGUGAAUAAAUUAAGACACAUGGCAGAGGGGCUAGUUUAUGAUAACGGAUUACUAAAUGGCAACUGAUUGAUCAGGUUGUAUUUAGAUAACAUAACAAACAAAAAAUGAGAAGUUUUUAAACUGAGUGGUAUUACUCUUUAACAGGGCUAAUUAUGUGAGCCUGACUUUGUCUCGUUGGUGGUGCUUCAAAAAUAUCUAUUUCUUUAUAAUGUUUAGGUACAAUCGUGGUACGUAUAUGUACAGACAUUUAAAUAAAAAAAAGAAUGUGUUCUGCCCAAAUGAAUUUUGGGCUUUGCUGACUUUGUUUUUUCAUGAAAAAAGACGAGGCCACUUUCGGCCAGCUGUCUGUUCAUGAGAAGGUGAAACAAACUGCCUAAAUGUUUCUUCAUGUGAAACAAUCAGAUUGCAAGGCUGCUGUCAAGGUUGUUUCUGGCAUUUGGCUAAAGGUUUGCGUGCUAUCCUUUUAUCCUUAAAUGUAGUCAACGUUGUCACCGAUUAAGACUAAGUAGAACACAGAAGUAUUACUGAUGGAGCUGCCAAACUAAGAUUUAAACUAGUAUUUUGACGUUCUGUGAUUGUUGGUACAUAGCCAGAACAAUGGAAGAGUCCAUUGCCCUGACUAAAUAACAAAAAAGCCACCAAGUGGCUUCAUUUAGUGAUGAGUGACAUAAAGCAAUCAUAGAUUUACAGAGGACUAAUCACUAGAAACAUUCAUGGAUGUAUUAAUAUUGUCCCACAAACACUUCGGAUUUAUUUUUAUCCACUAAUUCUGCUGAGCAAUCCCAUUUCUGACUCAGUGCACAAUGUAAUAGAACAAAUUACACUAAAAACCAUGUGACUGUUGCUGAAAGUGCUGCUCAACAAAAAGGAAAGGUAGUAUCGAAAACUGCCCCUUUUUAAAAUGUUUUGGUUUUGUCUCGUUUAAUAGGAUUCAUCCAGAUUAACGCCACGUUUAAAAAGGGCCAUAGACUACUUCCAUACCAAGAAUACAACCAUUGUAUCACAGCACAAGACUCAGUCUAUCAAGCCACUGCUGUGCCAAACGGUUUACACUAAACCAGCACGGUGAUUCUUAGUCCCCACCUUCCCUUUGUAAGUGCCGCAAACAACUAAGCCACAAAUGUCUAGAAUUGACUUUUGCUUGUUGAUACAAAUUGUAUCUAUACCUUGAAUGUAACACAAUAUGAAAUGUAUAAUAUGAAAAUAGUUUUAUUUAAAUAAAGGAGAAAAAAAAAUGUAUGCCAUAAUGUUUGUGACACCAUGUGUCACUGGGAGUAGCCCAUUGGUAUGUACUAUUUCUUACUGGGUACAGUAGUUAUCUACAGGGACAUUUACGUGCUACCUACAACUGCACAGAUACCCUGUGUACAGCAGUAAGCGUUCUGUCCUUUCUGUACAUAGGCACAUGUAUACAUAUAGAAAGCGAUCUGUAAAUGUAAGAGUAACAGUUACUUCAGUUGUUCAAAUACUUGUGUUGUAUUUGUGCACCUUCAAAGAGUGCAUCUAUUUCUCUGAACUGAUACGUCUGCUUUAUGCUAUUUUAAUGGGAAUUUCGAUAUUUUUUGAAUAUAUUUUGCCUAAUAAAACGUGCCAAAGCUAUUCUUGGGUAGCUUUGUCAAAUAUAUUUUCCUGUGAUUCAACACACGGGUUGUCAUGCAAUGAAUCCUAUAUUUGAAUGAACGAAAGUAUUUUACACAUGGUAAAACUGUAAAGAGCAAAUUAACACCUAAAUCAAAUCUGGGUUUAGCCUGGUGGUUAAAAACUGGUAGAAUAGGGGCACUGCUGUCUGGUAUGAGCUGAUCUCUGGUUGCCGGUUGAUGUCAUCUUGAACUGAAGCAAAUGACAGCUGUGAAAGCACUUACUCAGAUUUGUGUUUGAUGUUAAAUGUUCUUUCGAGUUAAAGAGCUUUUGAAAAAAAUGUACUUUAUUGGUAUGUUUGCCAGUUAAUUUAAUGACUACCCCUAAAUGAUGACAAAAGGCAGAGGUGUGUUGAAUUAUAACUUCUUUUCCUAAUGAAUUAUUCAUCAAUUGUAAUUUGAUCAUCUUAGCCCUGGUUGUACAAGUUCUGUUAUUGAGAUGUUAAGACUAGUAUUGUCAAUAUAGGUUUCGAAUCAGUUGUUAAUGGCUAAAAUCAAGACCAAAGUGAUUUUCAUGUGUACACGUAACUGUUAUUAUAAAUGGUUCAGACACACACAAGAUGUUAUGGUCAGAUCAUUGUGAAUCCCUUGAUUUCUAGCAGCUUGCGCUACCAUGCGGUUCAGAUGUCGAACAGAAUGUGUGCAAACUGCUUUAACGAGAGGGACGCGCAUCUAAACCCUGACUGUACAUAUACUAUAUUUACAGUUUAAUACUCAGGUUCAGUCACACAUUUUUAACCACAUGCUUGGGUGUUUUCUAUGAUGGAGAAACGCAGUGGUCACCUACCUGAAGUAGUCUUGCAUCUCCUGUUUGAGUAGACUAUUGUGUCUGCAAUGUAUAAAGAGAAAUGUCAAUUUGUGUUGUAAUAAUCUGCAGUGUUGUAAUUCACGCUGAAUGGAAAGCAUUGCUUUUAUAGACCAAAACAUCGAAAAAUAGACUAUUUGGGUCUGUGGGCUCAAACAAAAUGUAAGUCUUUAUGACAAAAUGUGUUUCUCUCCAUAAAUAAAGCAAACUUCUGUUUA